AGAUAACAUACCAUGCUAUGAGGUGUUGAGGGAAAGACAGAUUGGGCAUCAUCUUUUCUAGGCCAUUAGCGAUAACAGGAAAUAUACACGUAGGCUACACUAUAGUUCAAUGUGGCUACGUUGGAAUGUCUGCUUGCACGGGAGAAAUUGUACGUUUCUAACAUUUAUGGUUGAGAUUUAAUUAAUAUAAAUAUAAACUAUGCACAUUAUGACUUUCAUUAACUUCUCUAGGGUAGGGGACAGCAUUUGGAAUUUUGGAUGAAAAGCAUGCCCAAAUUAAACUGCCUUCUACUCAGGCCCAGAAGAUAGAAUGUGCAUAUAAUUAGUAGAUUUGGAUAGAAAACUCUAAAGUUUCCAACUGUUAAAAUAAUGUCUGUGAGUAUAACAUAACUGAUUUGGCAGGCGAAAACCUGAGAAAAAUCCAUUCAGGAAGUAGGAUUUUGUUGUUGUUGUAGUUUUCUAUUCAAUGCCAUUACAGUAUCCAUUGACUUGGGACUAUGCCUUCCACCAGAAUUUACGUCUUUAGAAAUUGUUUCAGGCCUAUAUUCUGGAAAUAGAGGGAGUAAGAGCAGUUUGAAUGAGUGGACCCUGCCGUGUCACAGAGCUUUUUCAUGAGCGCGACCAGAGUGCCUUUUUUGUUUACCUAUUAUAUUGACAACGUUAUUGUCCGGUUGAAAUAUUGUAGAUUAUUUAGGCUAAAAACAACUUGAUGAUUGAAUCUAAACAUUGUUUGCCAUGUUUCUAUGAACUUUACGGAUACAAUUUGGAUUUUUUGUCUGCCUGUUGUGACUGUGUUUGAGCCUGUGGAUUACUAAAGAAAACAAGCGAACAAAACUGAGAUUUUCGGAUAUAAGAAUAAAUGAAUGUCUUCUGAGUGCAAACAUAUGAAGAUCAUCAAAGGUAAGUGAUUAAUUCUCUCUCUAUUUCUUACUUGUGUAACUCUUCUACUUGGCUGGUUAUGUUUGUAAUGAUUUGUCUGCAGGGCUAUGUUCUCAAAUAAUUGUAUGGUAUGCUUUUGCCAUAAAGCAUUUUUGAAAUCUGACACAGUGGUUGGAUUCACAAGAAGUUCAUCUUUAAACUAAUGUAAAAUAGUUGUCUUUUCUGAAUUUUUAUAAUGAGUAUUUCUGUAUUUGAAUUUGGCGCUCUGCAAUCUCACUGGAUGUUGGACAGGUGGGACGAUGGCGUCCCACAAACCCUAGAGAGGUUAUACGCGAUGCAGGCAUCACGCACACGUUAGUAAGGCGUUGGUGUCAUGUCAGUCAGACCCGUAACGCAAGAGUCACACAGAUGUUCGUAAGGCGUUGGUAUCAUGUCAGGUGGUACGGUUGCCUAGGCUUAUGUCCCUGAUCACUGUGUGCUAUGAUCACCCCAUAGCACACGGUGUCGCUAACUACGUCUGCACAUCGACUCGGUACUGGUACCCCGUGUAUAUAGCCAACUUAUCGUUACUCAGUGUAUUUAUUCUUCUUGUUAUAAUUGUUCUAUUAUUUCUUUGUAUUCUCUGCAUUGUUGGAAAGGGCUCGUAAGUAAGCAUUUCACUGUUAGUCUGUUGUUUACGACAAAUAAAAUUAGAUUUGUUUCAUGGUUAAAGUAUACACCAUGACAAACGUCAGCAUGUAAUAACGCGUGUAACGCAAGCAGUCUCGGUACACCUGCCCCUAUGUGUGUUGUCAGUGGUGUAGUGGAGGGUAUACACUGUAUAGCCACUUACAGUGCCUUGCGAAAGUAUUCGGCCCCCUUGAACUUUGCGACCUUUUGCCACAUUUCAGGCUUCAAACAUAAAGAUAUAAAACUGUAUUUUUUUGUGAAGAAUCAAUAACAAGUGGGACACAAUCAUGAAGUGGAACGACAUUUAUUGGAUAUUUCAAACUUUUUUAACAAAUCAAAAAGGUCCUCCUCCGAGAGAGAGAGAAUUAGAGAGCACACUUAAAUUCACACAGGACACCAAAUAGGACAGGAGAAGUACUCCAGAUAUAACAAACUGACCCUAGCCCCCCGACACAAACUACUGCAGCAUAAAUACUGGAGGCUGAGACAGGAGGGGUCAGGAGACACUGUGGCCCCAUCCGAGGACACCCCCUGACAGGGCCAAACAGGAAGGAUAUAACCCCACCCACUUUGCCAAAGCACAGCCCCCACACCACUAGAGGGAUAUCUUCAACCACCAAUUUACCAUCCUGAGACAAGGCUGAGUAUAGCCCACAAAGAUCUCCGCCAUGGCACAACCCAAGGGGGGCGCCAACCCAGACAGGAAGAUCACAUCAGUGACUCAACCCACUCAAGUGACGCACCCCUCCUAGGGACGGUAUGAAAGAGCCCCAGUAAGCCAGUGACUCAGCCCCUGUAAUAGGGUUAGAGGCAGAGAAUCCCAGUGGAAAGAGGGGGACCGGCCAGGCAGAGACAGCAAGGGCGGUUCGUUGCUCCAGAGCCUUUCUGUUCACCUUCCCACUCCUGGGCCAGACUACACUCAAUCAUAUGACCCACUGAAGAGAUGAGUCUUCAGUAAAGACUUAAAGAUUGAGACCAAGUUUGCGUCUCUUACAUGGGUAGGCAGAUCAUUCCAUAAAAAUUGAGCUCUAUAGGAGAAAGCCCUGCCUCCAGCUGUUUGCUUAGAAAUUCUAGGGACAAUUAGGAGGCCUGCGUCUUGUGACCGUAGAGUACGUGUAGGUAUGUACGGCAGGACCAAAUCAGAGAGAUAGGUAGGAGCAAGCCCAUGUAAUGCUUUGUAGGUUAGCAGUAAAACCUUGAAAUCAGCUAUCAUGGGUUGCUAGGAUCAUAUGACUAGGAUCAUACCUUUGGCUGCUAGACAAUGUAAUAAAGUUUAAAGUAAACCAAUAGAACAGGAGAACAUUGAGGUCUUUAUAAAAUAAUUCUCUCCAUGUUUCUAUGGUGGGUUUUUGGCUAUAGGCUACUAUGAAGCAAGGCAAAACAUGCCUCAUAAUAUCAUGAAGUAAAACGUAAGGAAGGAAACAUAUAGCAAUGCUAAUGGUUGGCCUAACCGUCUUCUGGUAGAUGGAAAGGCUUUCCCAAAAACUCUCAAUUUAAAAUGUUAACUAGCUACAAAGUCGUCUUUGCCUACCUGGCAGAAUGAUAUCAUGAUUAUCUGCAUCAAUCCAGUGGCCAUUUGUUGUGCUAACAACAUCUCAGAAACACUGCUAGCCAAACAGCAGUUCUCGGUGCCUGCCACUUAAAUUAAACGAUAACUACACAACAACAAAUACAAUUCCCAGACCUUAGUGCUCUCCUGAUGUGGUUUAAGCAUUGUUAUGGACAUAGAACAUCCUAUUUAGUUGUUUUUCUAUUAAAAAAGUGUGACUUUUAACUCGAAAUGACACAACGACAAGGUUCCAGUUUAACAAAGUUUACUAUACCGUAUGAACACACUACAAGGUAGCCAUUCCACUCUAGGCUAGGUCCAUCAACCACAAGACUCCCUGCGCAGGCACACUCUUGACUGAGUGAUAGCCCCGUAAUAACAGAAAUAUUGGGAUUCUUAAAACAUGAACUUAACAACUUUGAGAGCGAAAACCUGGCUUAGUUGACAGCCUCCAUUUAUCUGUUUCACUAGUAGGCCUACCUGUACAGUACAACUUGGGCUGGCCUGACUGUGAAAGAUAAUUGUAGGUCAUUCAGAGUGUAUGUCACUGUUUCUCAUACAUUUUCACACAGAGCAUCUUUCUUUCACCGGGCAGGCCAUUUGGGAAAUGUUUUGCUCAAUUAGAGUAUACUCACUUCUCCAGGCACCACUAUGUGGUGUUAUCAUUGAGCAACUAACAAAAAAAGUCAGUGUAUCACUGUGGGAUCAAUCAGUUAGAAAUAAAACAGUAUCUGGACUUUGUACCUGUAGAAAAGGCCCAUGGAGUUGGUGGAAUAAUCCUUUAACUUAUUGCCACUUACUCAGCUGGGCCAGGGGCGCUUUAAUUAGGUCAGGUGGAAGGACAAGUCAGACAGAUCUCAACUCCAUAAAAGGAGGAAAUUGCAAUCGCUUGAGCUCACUGCUUUCUCUUCCUUAACUCCGUCUGAUCCAGAAGUUCUGUGCGUCCAUGAAUCCACGUGUGAUGCAUGUGCCACUGCGCUGGGUGCUGUGGGAUGUGAAAGACACCCUGCUGAAGGUGCGCAGGUCUGUCGGGGAGCAGUACUGCCAGGAGGUCCAGCGAACAGCAGGUUUCAGUCUUAACCCUACAGAGGUGGAGGCUGCCUUCCGCCAGUCCUUCCACCAGUACUCCAAACUCUUCCCCAACUACGGUACGGCCCAGGGCCUGGGGGGGAAGGCCUGGUGGAUGGGAGUGGUUCGGGACACCUUCGCCCAGUGUAGAGUACAGGACGCAGCCCUACUAGACACACUGGCCUACAACUUGUAUCAUGGCUUCUGCAGCCCUAAUAACUGGGAGGUAUUUCCAGACUCUACGAAGACCCUGGAGAGCAUAUCCUCCCUGGGACUGAAGCAGGGUGUGGUGUCCAACUUUGACAAUCGCCUGGAGGGGAUUCUACGAGGCUGUGGCCUGCUGUCUCACUUCAGCUUCCUGCUCACCUCAGAGGAGGCCGGUAUAGCCAAGCCUAACCCAGCCAUCUUCCACCGGGCACUAGAGAAAUGUGGCGUAACAGCCGCAAGUGUAGCUCACAUUGGGGACCAUUAUGUCUAUGACUAUGUGACCUCUCGGUCACUGGGCCUCCAUGGGUACUUGCUAGACAGACAGGGCAGGAAUAAAUACCCUGAUGUUCCCCCACAGCAUCGACUAAAGACCCUGGAGGAGCUACCUGCACGUCUCCAGCAACAUAUGGACUAAAUGUUAUCUAUUACACAAGUAAACUCAAGCCAGGACUCAAACAAACCGCACUGUUCCAACAUUUCACUGCACUUGACAUUAAAGUAUAAAAACUAUAUAUAAAAGCCUUAAUCUAUGGCAGUGAAACUAGCCCCAAAACUUAACAUAUGCAAUGACCACUUUUAGAUUAUCUAAAUAUGUACGUAUAAUUUAUCUAAUGUUUUCAUAACUUACUUCACCAAUAUAUAUAUAUUUAUAUCACGUUGUGACACCCUCCAAUUAAUGUAUUAUGUUCAAUAAAUAAAAAUGCCUGUUCUACAGCCAGUGCUA